CAAUAAUUUCUUUGGGAAAUGAUGAAUUUGUUCUAAAAUAAAAAAAAAAGAAAUUUAUUUAAAAAAUAAAUUAAUGUCUGGUAUAAAGUUUGUAGCUAAUUAAAAAUAGAAUUGAAUAUUUUUACGACGAUCCACUAAAAUGUGAUAACUCAUCUGAAUAAUGAAUACUAAAGUAACAUGACUAAUGACUUUAUAGACAUCAUAAACGGGAAUGUAAUCUGCAUUUUCAUUACUGGCUGUGUUGCACCAUUCCACGAUUGAUAAUUUAUUUUUACCGUGAGUUCUCUGAUAAAAGUUUACUUAAAACCAAAAUUGAUUUGUCACUCGCACAAAGACAUUAUCCUCGGUAGAUUGACUAAUUCUUUUUAUCGCUGUCGGUUCAAAAUAUAUAGAUAUGGAUGUAUGUGAAAGAGUUGAAAGAGGAAAAAGAGAUAAAGAGAGAGAGAAAAUCCAUAUGCUCACUUCCGUGUCAUAAAUAUUGGAUAACACUUAACCACGCCCUCUCUAUUAUGCUGUAGACGAAAGUGUGCAACUAGAUGGAAUUAAUAAAGCUAAAUAAUAUAUUUAUUAUGUAUUUACAUUAAUAUAUACUUUGGAAUAUGAAUUAUUAAUGACCGCGGCUGGUAUUUUAUUAACUGACGCAGUUGACAAAGUACAACGAGAAAGCUAGGUUGUUUGAAGCUUGCUCAGUUGCAUCGAUCCACCAGAGCUUUUUUUCCUUUUAAAUCACUUUUAUAAAAAUGAGUCUAAUAUAAAAAAAAAAAAAAGAAAGAUAUGCAUUAGAAUCGCAUGUAGAGAAGAGAAGAGGCGACAUUACGACACAAAAAAAUAUAAAAAAGGCGUAAAAACAUAAAACAAAGCCAUGAGACGAGACUUUGAUAUGACAAAUGUAGGCCUCACGUUUUAUUGUUGGCAUUGUCGCCGACAACAAUGAUAAUAUAACUGAGGUUUAUUACUGUACUACAAAUAUAUAGACAUAAAUAUAUAGGGAGAGACGGAGCAUAAAUUUAUUAAGCUGGUGUUUAAUUUAAAAAUGACUUGAUGCAUGGGAAAUAAUUCAAAUGUAAUCCUGGAAUUUAUGGCUGUAAAGUAGAGGGACAAUUGAAGAUUGAAGGACAAGAUAACGUUGAGACGAAAACUUUGAAAUUCAUGAGAAUCAUGAUUCGGGGGCUUUGGCUGGCAAUCGUCUUUACUUUAGCGUCUUACGCUUAUUCUCAAAUGACUUGGACCCCGAUCUUUGUCAGCGGUGAGAGUCAAGUGGAUUUUUGGACCCAAAGUGAAACAGGGUGUGCAUGUAGCUUUAAUUCGUCAAGUAAAAAUUGCGCGUGUUGUGUAUUAUCGGGUGGUUGUAGCUGUGGUAUCGCCAUGCCUAAACGAUGUGCUCAAUGUGGCUUGGAAAAAUAUUGUACAAACAUGUGUAAUAUAACGUUAGAUAGCAAACAACUUCUGAGAAAGUCCAAUCGGGCUUUUGGUCAGAUAAAAUCACCAUCAGUAAUAGGACCAACUGAGUGCACUUACAGGUUUAUCCCGGAUAUUGGUCAACGAGUCGAAUUACAAAUCUAUCGUUUAAUCUCUAUUGGACGUCACAAUGGAACAGCGUGUGAGGGUGGCUGGCUCGAACUGGAAGGCGGCGCCCGUAUUUGCGGUUCUAAUGCUCGAUUCGAUCGACCCGUCGUUCUUUUUUCCGACAAAACCGAAGCAACACUCCGAAUGCAAAUACACGAGAACACUACGAGAUCGCAAUUUUUAGCAUAUUUUAGUUUCGCGUCGAAAGCAAGCACGUCCGUUGGCUGGCCGAUGAGAGGUGGAAAAGCUAUUAAUAAUACGGAUUGUGAUUGGAUCUUCGAGGAUUGUUUGAACACAGAUUGCAUUCUGGCGAGUCCCGCCUACCCGGGGCUUUAUCCCCCAAAUAUACGAUGCCGCUAUCUCGUCAAGUCAAAUAUCAACGUAUCAAUUACAGUUGUAUUUAACUCCUUGCUUUUAUCUUUUAAUCAGUGCACCGACGAUUAUGUCGCCAUAUACGCGGGACCCAACAUCUCAAGUACACUGCUCAAGAAGCUAUGCAAUAAUGAGAAGAUGUCUAUUGUUCACGUCGGAACUGAGAUACUCAUUGAGUUUAAGUCAGGCUCGGAAAUGUCACCGUUCAACUACAACGGAUUUUAUGCUCAAGUUACUGUUAAUGAGUUAACAACAUUACCGCCAACAACCACCACAUCAUUUUACAAUACAAUUAAAAGUGUCGAGGAUGCUGCCAACAACAGUAUCAUCAGUGACGUAACCAAGUACAAUAAUCGUAAUCUCAAGGAUUUACGGAGUAACCCUUUGGCCGGAAGCAGUGAAACCGCGACUGGCUGUGAUCUUGAAAUAGACGGCAACAAGUCGAGAUUCGGUCACUACAACACAAGAGGAAAGAUUCAAUCUGCCAACUGUCACUUUGUUCUGCGGGGCCGGAUCCACGACACGGUUCAUAUACUUUUGAUAAGUUACAAUCUGAGCGCGCCAGCGUGCAAGACAGUGAUUGAGAUCUGGGAUGAUAUUGUGAUGGUGGACGAAAAAAAUUCAAAGAAUCUCAAGACUCCCAAGAGAAUUUGUAGUCCGGCCCAGGCAGUUAAACGGCCACGACAAUUCAAUCACUCCGAAAGGUAUAGUGAACCCGAACAUUAUUCAUCAACCGGUCGUGAACUGACGAUUGUUUUUAAACGGCUAGACAACAAAACAGACGAUCAACAAUUCGUGGAUUUUUCGUAUUAUUUUCAUGACGAGGGGGAAGGUGGUACUUUACGACCCUCCAGCACUUGUGAUGUUGAGUAUUACGGUUUGAGUUCAUCAAGACAAGGACAGUUGACCAAUCCCAUUUUCAAGUUUUUUACUUACCAGGAUUACAUUAAAUGCAAACAACAUUUUAUACCGGCGACAAACCAAUCGGUCAUACUCACGGUGGACAACGGUAUCACAAAUGAAUCAUCAAAUAAAUCCUGUAAUACACUUUGUGGUGAUAACGGCUGUCACUGUGUCAGUGAUAACCAUCUAGACGAAAUAAAUCAUGUUAAACUAGUCUCCGAGCCGAGCAACAUUGUCAUCUGCCUGUGCGGCAAUUACGAGAAUUGGCUGCCACUCAGAAUACGAAGUUGGAGUCCCCUUUACAUCGAGUGGUCGCGAUCCUCCGGAACAGAUCUCAAUGUAAAAGCCGCAUACAAGUUUAUCGAAGAUACUUACUGCGGUGAUCACUCGACAACUCAACUCGAGGGUGUAGUCAAAGCUGGCAAUUUGACAAAUAACGCAAUAUCUAAUCAAUAUUACCAGCAAAAAUGUACAUGGAUUUUGGACUCGACGAUUGAUCGGCAAUUAACUGUCGAGGUUGAGUCAUCCCAGGACCGGCCAUGUACGUCAUGGAAUUUGACAAUUCACGAGUACAGUAGGAGUGAAAAUCCACUUGGACAAAGACUUUAUACAUUUUGCUCAAGAGAUAAACGGAAAAAUUUUACACUACCGUGGAAAAUGAAUACGGCAAUCAUACGACUACAAGCGUUAAGCAGAACCGCACCCCAGUACGUCAUUAAGUGGCGCAGUCUCACAACUUUGAGUACCACCCGAAAAAACCAGCCUUCACCUGCACCUGACUACGUAUUAAAAUCAUCGGACACCACUUCGAAUAUUAAUAACCACAAGCAUUAUAAAUUAAUUAUAUCAAUAGCAAGUACAUAUGUUAUUUUUACCUUUGUAUUUUAAAAUUCCCGGCAAGAAUGUGAACCUCGGGUGUUUCCGGUUUUUACUCCGGGUCUUGCGAAGUACCGAAUAUCCCCUCCACCUUCACUGCGCACGCGCAGAUCAGAAAUAAUCGGUAGUGAGGGCGAUGUCUUGUUCAUUCUCUCUUUGGGAGAAGUUUGUUGAUUUUAAUUUUGUUUUUAACCUGAAAUUUUCUCUACGUCAUGCGGUUUAACGAUAAAAUAAUGAAUUGUAUGACGAAAGAUAACAAUAAUUAUUAUUAUUAUAUUAUUAAUUGUUGAAUAAUUAUUUGUUGACGUAAAACGUUACUGUCUGACAGUUUAAGAGAAUUGAUAAAAUGAAAUUUUGUAAAUAAUAUAAAUACUAUAUAAUAUAUUAGAAAGUACAGAGUAUUUAUAGAAUUUGUACAAAUAUAUGAUAAAACUGAAGCCUAGGAAAUGAAUAAUAUAAAUAUAUAAUAUAUAGUUAUUCUAAAGUAAAAUGUAAUAAAGAAAACAGACUAAAUAAAAUAUAAAACGUAUGAAUGAUAUAAAAUAAUGACAAUUAAUUAUUAGUAUUUUGAUAUAAAUAAUCUUCAAGUACUCGGUACUUAAAAUGAAUUGAUCGGCUGUCUUGUUCUUAACUAUAACAAAUAUAUGGUACUAGCAGAAGGAAUUUUAACUGAUGAAUAUAAAAAUAUUGAUACGGGGUUUUAAUUCCCCAUCAAUAUUCCUCCAUGCAUUUACUGGUUUUAGAAAAAAAAUAAAAUAUAUAUGUAUAUAAUGAUAUAUUAUUAUACUGUAAAAUUAUAAUUAUUAUAAAUUAAUUAGAUAGAGAUAUAGAAAGGUGAUGGAUUAUUAAUAAAAUAGUAUAAUUGUGACGGUAUAAAAAAAUACGAGGCCGAAAUCGCUACUGAUUGGCGUAAAUUUUUUUUUAUCGAUUACUUUGUAAUUAGCGUCGAUAAUUGAAACAAAAUUUUAAUUGUUUAUUAUUUUAAAUUAUUGUGAAUUUUUACAGCACAAUAUAUGAACAUAUAUA